CACUUUCCUUUAUCGCUUCUCGGCCUUUUGGCUAAGAUCAAAGUGUAGUAUCUGUUCUUAUCAGCUUAAUAAGAAGCUAACAGAUACACUAACAGAAAGGGAAGAAAACAACAAUGGUGAUUACUGCUGACCUGUGACGGAGAUGGGAGAAGGAGAUGACGACACAGAGGAUGACCACGACUCCUGGAUCCAGAUAGAUGAGCGGCGACCUGAGGACGAUUCCAGCAACGAGGCCCCAACCAGUGGUGAUGGACGACGACCAGAGGACAGCGAGGCCCCAACCAGUGGUGAUGGACGACGACCAGAGGACAGCGAGGCCCCAACCAGUGGUGAUGGACGACGACCAGAGGACAGCGAGGCCCCAACCAGUGGUGAUGGACGACGACCAGAGGACAGCCCCAGCAGUGAGGCUUCCACCGACAGCAAUGGACAACCACUGGAGCUUUAUGGUUCUCUCUUGCAGAAUUGGCUCCUGUCUCCCGAGAAUGGCAGUGCCGACGAUGUUGUUCACCAUCCACCAGCGGCGGACCGCAGAGCUGAUGACGCUGACGUACCCCAUCGGCAAGCAGUGCAUGGGGAUGCUGCUGCUGACAUACACCAGCUGCCAGGGGAGAUGGAUGGUGCUGCCGUUGACAUCCCCGUGAAUGAUGGUGCUGCCAUGGACAUCCCCGAGAAUGAUGGUGCUGCCAUUGACAUCCCCCACCGGCCAGAGGACGGGGACAUCCAGCCUCAACGAGAUGGUAACCGCCUGAUCAUCCGCUUCCCGCCCCCUAAGUCCUUCAGGUGCACUGAAAACUGCCCUUGGUCGAGCUCUAGCACCUUGUGGACCAACCUCAGACAGUCACUUGAGCGACACCUCUUCGCCACACACGACGUGGUCAUUCUCUCGCACUCAUAUGUUUGUGCUGGAUGUAACAUCGUCCUGGGCAGUCGUCCAACCCUACAUAGAUGUCCCAGGAAUAGACAACUGAGAAUGGAGCCCCCUGAACUACAGCACCAACAACGCCUGCGGUUUAGGUGUGAGAAUGAAGGCUGUCACGAGGCAUUUCCAUCCAAAAUUGGGCUGAAGAACCAUAAGGCCGCACACCGCCGACAAACUGCCAGGGAGGCCCAGCGGCUUGGACUCCGCCUUCGAAGACUUCCACCUCCACUGCCGGAAGAGCGCCCUCGGCCAAGUCCUCCACAGUUGCAGCCCCCUCGACUGCGGGCCCCACCACAGGGGGGGUCCCCCCAGCCACGAACUCAGCAGGCACAACACCCACAGCAACAUGACAGCCCACCAUCUUCCUUAGCCCUUUCCCCCCUACCUCCUACCCCCUCCCCUCCCCUCCCCUCCCACACACUUUUGUACCUUGGAAUGGGUCCCAGUCUGAAUCCCCACCAAGGUCUGGCCCUCCACCGCCAUCCCCUCCAGUUCCUGCCUCCCUUACUCACACCUCUCUUCGUUCCUCCUCCUCACCCCGACCCACACCUUCUCCCCCUCCUGUCCAUUUCCCCUUACCUCUCUCAUUGCAGGUACCGCCGCCACCUCUCUCCCCUUCCUUGGCAGAUGAGACCGCCUCACCAGCGACGCUGUUAA